AUGUGUAUAGCCAUUAAACCCCUUAUUAUGAGUGAUAUCGCAUACUUUCAGGCUGUCCUUCCAGGCUAUCCAGCUAGGCUAUCCGUUUUUUCACGGUCAGAGUACUUUCAAGUGGUAAUUUGUGCUUUAGGGCAAUACGGUGAAUUGACUUUGAUUAUUUUAAUCAUUUCUCCUGCAGAUACGAUCGUAAAGAAGGGGGAUAUCUUGUUGAAUAUACUCAUCUUUGAUUUCCACAAGACAGCCAUCCAACCAAUGCACGAGUUUCUGGUUCUUGCUGCUAUAUUCGUAGCUCUCUUUUGUCUAGUACGACCGGCUCAAAUGACAAUUCUUCAGUUUAUACAAUUAGUUCCAGAAUGUUCAUUGAUGAAGCAGUUUGUUGUUAGCCAUGAUUAUAUGCAUAUAACGAUCGCUGGUGAUUUUAAUGUUGAUUUCACAAGAGAAUCAAUCAAGAAAGCCACUUUGCUUCAAUUUAUGAAUAACAGAAAUAUGACUACCACGCUCCCUAACACUAUUCGAUCAACAACAAGCCAGAAUAAUCUCAUUGACAACAUAUUGUUAACUAUGCCAGUGCUGGAUUCAGGAAGAUAUAUAUCUUUGACCAGUUGCCGUGCUCCUUUGUGGACAAAAUCUAUGUAA